AUGACGACUUUGUCCAAUCUAGAGACAUACACUGUUUCGCUCCCUAACGAUCUUCCACAGACUUUCCAAGACGCUUUGAAAGUGGCCCGGGCGUUGGAAAUCCCCUUCAUAUGGAUUGACUCGUUAUGUAUUGUCCAGGAUUCUCCAGAGGACUGGAAGCAUGAAGCCUCGCUGAUGGCUCAAGUAUAUGCCAACGCCUAUGUUACCAUUUUUGCCGAUGCCGCACCAGACAGUACAUCCGGCUUUCUGUCGCCACCAUCUCGAAAGGCUCCAAAAAGAUCUGUUUGCGAAUGCGAAUGCUCAGUCACUUCUCUGAGGACUCUCCGCACCACCAGCGUGAUGAAGCAUUUUCUUCAUCCACAGGAUUCCGAUGUUUCUUCGGCUGAGGCGAAUUGGAGAACUGAAAUCGUGCCGGCAUACACUGAGCUGGACCUUACCUUUGCGACUGAUCGACUCCCCGCCAUUCAAGGCCUUGCUAACGCUGCUCAAAGACUCAGAAGUAAUGACGAGUACAUUUCUGGUCUUUGGCGACAAACAAUGAAGGCCGACCUUUUGUGGCAUAAAAAUGCAGGCGAUGGUAAUAGCCACAGGAUCAAGGAUGGGGGUGCUCCCACUUGGUCGUGGGCAUCUGUCACCGGUCCAAUUUACUAUUCGGACAGAAUCACACCUAGUGACUCGAAUUUGCAGAUUCUGGACAUCGUAGCCAGCGAGGAGAAACCCCCGGGGCUUGUUAUCCGCGGCCAUCUCGUCAAUGUGAAACUUGAUGAUCCUUACAGCGACACUGUGUCUCUUGGCCCCGAUGACGAUUUAAGAGUGGAAUGGGAUUGUGGCGGGGGUCGAACCAAGUCAAACAAAAUAUCCCGAUAUUUCUUAGUUUUUGAGGCAGAUGAUGGAGGGCCAUUUGGCCUAUUACUCAACCUCGACCGAGACGAUCCAUCUAGGCAGCAAUUUCGAAGAGUCGGAUAUGUCCACGGGCAUAGCAUCUCGAAGUGGCGUCGCUCAUGGGGUAGUGGUGGUUGGGCGUCUAGUCCGAGCGAGGCGUCUGACACCUCUGGUGGAAUUUGGGAGGAUGCUGGUAAGGAGGGGGCGAGAGAGUGGGUUGAUGGGAUAUUUAAGGGCGAGCCUGUAACCUUCAGAUUGAUCUAG